UUUAAUUUUAGCGCAUUUGAUGGCAACUUCCAGACGGUGCAAUCUCGAAUUGCUGAUUGUGUUUAACCAUCUCGUAGAAAAAUCUAGUAUCGCCAUCUUUCUUGCUAGUUAGGGACAUUGGGAGAUAACGACGGAUAUCAGGUGAAAUUUUGUGAAGUGUUGUGAAGUGAGCAUAUUGAUAUAAAUGGAAAAAUGUCAAGCAAAUCUUCUAGCAAAGCCGAUCCGUCAAGCUAUCUCCAUGCGAAAACUUUAAAAAGGUCUCUGGAGAAAGAUCUUGAAACGGAGAAUAUCGAAAUAGUGGAAAUCAACAUUUCUUUGGGAAGUAAACCAGGUGACAAUUACACUAGCACCAUAUACCGCGUCGAAGUUAAAUAUAACCAAGGAAAUGGCAAAGAUAAAACAACUUCCCUUAUUGUAAAGAGUUUUCCCGUAUCAAGGGCCCAGUUGGAAAUUGAGGAGCUUGGUUUCAUAGAUAAAGAGGUUAACGUCUACAAUGAAAUCUUACCUAGAUUACAGGAACUGGUGGGAGCCGAAAUUCUAGCUCCAAGGUGCUACGAUAUAUUUAUUGAACCACAUCGCAACAUCGUUUUCCAGGAUAUGAAGACUUUGGGCUUUAUAUGUGCUGAUCGGGAGGCCGGACUCGAUGAAUUGCAUUUGAAAUUUGCUCUAAAAAAGAUCGCCAAAUUUCAUGCAACUUCCAUGGAACUACUAAAAAGGGACCCAACGAUCAAAGAAAAUUAUCAAAGAGGCCUUUUCAACGAAAAAACCGUCAAUUCGGCAUUGUUUCAUGCAAUUUUCACAACUACUUUCCAAUUGGGUUCCAAAAUGUUGAUGGAAAUGCCUGGAUAUGAACGCUUCAGUGCAAAACUAAUGAAAGCAUGUGAUAAUCUCGGAGAAAUCACACUAAAGGCAGUAGAUUCGAAUCCUGGCAAAGACGUAGUUGUUUUCAAUCAUGGCGACCUAUGGGUGAAUAAUUUUCUGUUCAAAUAUAACGAAGAUAGCAAACCGAUUGACGUUGUGUUUAUUGACUAUCAAGGAAGCUUUUGUGGAAGUCUAGGAAUAGACCUCAAUUACUUAUUUGCAAGCAGCGCCCAACUAGAUUUACUUAAAAAUAAAAUGGAAUUGAUCGGAAAAUAUUACUACCCGACAUGCGUUGAAACGCUCAAAGCAUUUAAUUUCGAACUGAUUCCAUCUAUCUAUGACGUAAUUGAGCAAGUUAAGCAACGGGAAAUGUAUAGUCUUAUAUGUCUCUUUGGAAUUUUGCCUUUGAUAUCAAUGGAUAAGGAAGAAUCUAAAACUAACAGCUUAGCUCAGUUUGCCAACAAAGAAAUAACAGAGAAGAAAACUUUAGUUGGAAUGUCCAGUAAAAGGUUCGUGGAGUCUAUGAAGUACACAUUGGUGGAUAUGGAGGAGACAUUAGAUGAUGCUUUGACUCCCUAUUAAGUAUUAAAUUAUUACAAAAUUCAAAUUAUUAACAUUUAUUCCAAUAAUGCUUUAUACUAUUAUUUUUUAUUGUCAUGAUAUGAUCUGAAUAAACUUAUAAACGUUUC